GCUGACCAUUGUUGCCUCGAUGCAACCCGCGACGUCUGCCUAAUCCAGGCUGAAAGGCAACACUCUUUUUUUCAACCCUCAUCAUCCUCCCCUUCAAAACCAUCAAAAGCUCCGCUGUAUUCCGUCCAUUUCUGAGAGAUUUUGUAUCAAAUCAUCACCACAAUGUCCCAGAAUCGUCAAGAUUCUAUCGCCGACGACUGGCUUGAAGUCGAGAGCGCUGCGUCCGUCAUUUCGAUGGAUUCGCGGCCAUCGUCACCAUCCCCGUCCACUUCCCCGCAAGAGAUCCCUGCACCUGCACCUGCACCAGCGCCGCCAGUAGUCAUCGCGGCAUCCCACGGUGGCCCAUCAAAUCCCCCAUCACAGUUGCAGCUCCCUUUGCGCCCGAGAAAUAACACCAUCGUGUCGUAUAACGUCGUUCCGAUACGGCAGCCGCUCCCCUCGCAAGACUCUGAUGCACCCGAUACUAUCUGUCCAUCUCUAUCGUCACAAUCUGUACGGCCGCGGGGUGGUGCGGUGCAUGUAACAGAUUCCACUCUCGAGUCCAUCGCUAAAUGGCAGCGGUAUCAGCAUGAGAAGCUACUCCAAGAGUACAACGCAGACGUGGAGACCAAUGCUGCUGGUGAGUCCUCCACCAACCCGGAUCCAAGCGAUUAUCACAAGGCCUGCCAAGACGCCACUGCAUCUCUCGACGCUGUUGCCAAGCUAGCCAAAGACAUCGGAGGACAUGCAAUCUCUACAAUGAGCUUGAUUCGCUCGACGUGCAAGCAGCUCUGCAUACAAACGGCUGAUCUUGACAAGAUGCUAGAGGUCUACGCUCAACACUGGGCUGCCAAGGGAUCCAACAUGGCCUUGAUAGACAUUCCACUGAACCCCGACACUUGGGAAGCCCUGUCGGAGCUGAAGAAAGUUGUUCUGAAAACGCAGGAGACUCUUUCGAGUGUUGCUCCACCGGCAGACUUUGGCAGGCGUUUGACGGCGGCAGAUAUUCCGUUGAAUACCAAUUUGGAGCUAGCUCGGGGUCUCGAGGCGCUGGAGGACAUUCGGGACCUGUUUACAGAAUUUCUGCCCAUCUUGAAAGCGGACUUUGACGAGUUUAGAACCAAGCACAUGGGCUUCCCCCCCGCCGCACUGCCCGAUCGACCGCAUAAAAAGCCACAUCAACCACCGAACCCCAAAGUCCGCCAGAUUCGCGACGAGCUCUACACCAUGAAAGAUCACUUCGUCAUGAUAAACGUCUUUCUCUCCAGACUAAAAGACUCUUCUGCAUCGCCAAACGUGGCAGACCCUCUAGUCUUCAAGUCCCUCAAGCGCAUCACCACCGCCAUCUCCAAAGCGCUGACCAACAACCCCUCCGACUGGAUCGAGUCAGACAUGGAGUUGUCUUCUAGCAAGACCAUGUCGUAUGCUCAAUUCCUGACGCUGGAUACUGAUGUCUUGAGCCAUAUUUCAUCGCAUUUACAGGAUUUUCAAGAUGAGCUUGGUGUUGAUGCGAAGCCGGGAGAGGAUGGGUGUGACUUUUCGCAGGAGAUGAUUCAUAACCAUCAGGAGUUUAUGCUGUUGGAAGGUGGGCAGUUGCAGCAGCUGCGUUCGGUGAUUGAGUUUACUGAGAGUAUCUUGAUGACGCAGGGAUAAGGAAAUGUGGAGUGAUGAGAUUGUGAUGAAAAGAAAAUGAUUGGAGUUUGGUUGGAUUUACGAAAAUUGCUUUUUGGAUUGUUCUGUUGUUGGUAUCAGGCUGAUACAAAAAUACGUCACGCCGAUGGCUUUACACGCGCUCGAGGUUCUUAUCGCUGAUGGGUUAGGCUAAAUUGACGACUUGGUUUUGGUGGAUUUAUUUGUUCCAGGGACCCCGGCUAUGCGGCAACUGGAUGGAGAUAAGGUAUGGGAAAUCGUUCCAGGCCACGCCGAAUCUGGAAGUCCAGUAAGGACCCUUUGUUUGGGACAUGCGUCUGCCUGACCAGGCAUCUGAAUUUAUUUAGGUUGCUAGAUUUCUUACGUUGCGAUGUUACGUGGACCAGGAAGCAAGUGGAGAAGGGCGAAUAAUAUGAAUAGAUUGGUUGCGCAAUGGAAA